AGGGCGACGCGAGCUUCACCGUGCUGCCUGAGCUUGUAGGAGACGCAGGUCGCCAGUUGCGGGCCUUCACCUCCGCGUAGUCUUUUCGGGGUUCUCAGGAUGUUUUUCUACCUGAGCAAAAAAAUUGCCAUUCCCAAUAGUGUGAAGCUGAAAUGUAUAUCGUGGAACAAGGACCAAGGCUUCAUAGCCUGCGGGGGUGAAGAUGGAUUGCUGAAAGUUUUGAAGUUAGAGACACAGACAGAUGAUGCAAAAUUGAGAGGUCUUGCAGCACCCAGUAACCUUUCCAUGAAUCAGACCCUUGAAGGUCAUAGUGGUUCUGUACAAGUGGUGACAUGGAAUGAGCAGUAUCAGAAGCUGACCACCAGCGACCAAAAUGGGCUUAUCAUCGUGUGGAUGUUAUACAAAGGUAUGCUAGGAGAGCUGCGUUCGUCUUCCACACACUGGAGUCUGGCUAGAUCACAUGCUUGGGAAGCUGACAGCAGGAGAAUCACUACAAGUCUGAUCUAUGUAGACCAUGACUCUGAAGUGUGAGUAACUGUGUUGUGUUUUAUUUUAGGAAAUCGAAUUUGGGGUAAAGAAUUGAAGGGAAUACAGCUAUGCCAUGUAGCAUGGUCUGCAGACAGUAAAGUUUUACUUUUUGGCAUGGCAAAUGGAGAAAUACACAUUUAUGAUAAUCAAGGAAAUUUUAUAAUCAAGAUGAGACUGAGUUGUUUGGGCAGCGUGCUGGCGGUGGCUGGCUCACAGAAGGUGGUCACGCAGGACAAGGAUGUGAACACUGUGCAGUUUUAUACUCCAUUUGGCGAGCAUCUGGGUACUUUGAAGGUUCCCGGAAAGCACAUGUCUGCACUCUCUUGGGAAGGAGGUGGACUGAAAAUUGCGCUAGCUGUUGAUUCCUUCAUUUAUUUUGCAAAUAUUCGACCUGAUUAUAAGUGGGGCUAUUGCUCGAAUACUGUAGUUUAUGCGUAUACCAGACCUGACCGCCCUGAGUACUGUGUUGUCUUUUGGGAUACAAAAAACAAUGAGAAAUACGUUAAAUAUGUGAAGAGUCUCCUUUCUAUCACCACCUGUGGCGAUUUCUGCAUUUUGGCUACGAAAGCUGAUGAAAGCCAUCCUCAGGAGGAGAAUGAGAUGGAGACAUUUGGUGCAAUGUUUGUGCUAGUUCUUUGUAAUUCAAUUGGCACGCCCUUGGAUCCCAAGUACAUUGAUAUUGCACCACUAUUUGUUACAAUGACCAAAACCCACGUGAUAGCAGCUUCAAAAGAAGCAUUUUAUAUCUGGCAAUAUCGUGUUGCAAAGAAGCUGACAGCAUUGGAAAUCAAUCAGAUCACGCGAUCUCGAAAAGAAGGGAGAGAAAGAAUUUACCAUGUUGAUGAUACUCCUUCUGGGUCAGUGGAUGGGGUUCCUGAUUACAGUAAAGCCAUUCAAGGCACAAGAGAUCCAAUUUGUGCAAUAACCGCAUCUGAUAAGACAUUGAUUGUGGGUCGUGAGUCUGGCACCAUUCAGAGAUACAGCCUUCCUAAUGUUGGGUUGAUCCAAAAGUACUCUCUUAAUUGUCGGGCCUACCAGUUAUCCUUGAAUUGCAACUCUAGCCGUCUUGCUAUCAUAGACAUCUCGGGAGUUCUGACUUUCUUUGACUUAGAUGCUCGGGUAACAGACAGUACAGGACAGCAGGUAACUGGCGAGCUGUUAAACCUGGAGCGGAAAGAUGUCUGGGACAUGAAGUGGGCCAAGGACAACCCCGAUCUCUUUGCCAUGAUGGAGAAGACAAGGAUGUAUGUUUUCAGAAACUUGGAUCCUGAGGAGCCCAUUCAGACCUCUGGAUAUAUUUGUAACUUUGAGGAUUUAGAAAUCAAAUCUGUUCUUUUGGAUGAGAUAUUAAAGGAUCCAGAACAUCCAAAUAAGGAUUAUAUUCUUAACUUCGAGAUUCGGUCUUUGAGAGAUAGUCGGGCCCUGAUUGAGAAGGUUGGGAUUGAAGAUGCAUCUCAAUUCAUAGAGGACAAUCCACACCCCAGGCUGUGGCGCCUGCUAGCAGAAGCAACUCUUCAGAAACUGGACUUGGACACUGCGGAGCAAGCAUUUGUGCGCUGCAAAAAUUACCAGGGCAUCAAGUUUGUGAAGCGCCUGGGCAAUCUUCAGAGCGAGGCCAUGAAGCAGGCUGAAGUCGUGGCCUAUUUUGGCAGGUUUGAAGAGGCAGAAAGGAUGUAUCUUGAUAUGGACAGAAGGGACCUUGCCAUUGGCCUCCGGCUGAAGUUGGUGGAUUGGUUUAGAGUACUCCACCUCUUGAAAACUGGAUCUGGGGACGCAGACGACAGUCUUCUUGAGCAAGCGCACAAUGCCAUUGGAGACUACUUUGCUGAUCGCCAGAAGUGGCUGAAUGCUGUACAAUAUUAUGUGCAAGGCCGGAACCAGGAGCGCUUAGCUGAAUGCUAUUAUAUGUUGGAAGAUUAUGAGGGAUUAGAGAAUCUUGCUAGUUCGCUGCCAGAAAACCACAAGUUGCUUCCAGAAAUAGCACAGAUGUUUGUGAGAGUUGGAAUGUGUGAACCAGCAGUGUCUGCAUUUCUGAAAUGUAACCAGCCAAAGGCAGCCGUAGAUACCUGUGUGCAUCUCAACCAAUGGAACAAAGCUGUUGAAUUGGCUACAAGUUACAGUAUGAAAGAAAUCGGAUCACUGUUAGCUAGGUAUGCAUCUCACUUGCUGGAAAAGAAUAAGACUUUUGAUGCCAUAGAACUCUACCGGAAAGCCAGUUACUAUUUUGAUGCUGCUAAACUGAUGUUUAAGAUUGCUGAUGAAGAAGCACAAAAGAGAACGAAACCACUGCGUGUCAAGAAGCUGUACGUGCUGGCGGCCUUGCUGGUGGAGCAGCACCACGAGCAGGUGAAGAGCAGCCAGCGGGGGAAGGCCAAAGGGAAGAGCUCCGAGGCCUCCUCCGCCUUGGCUGGUUUGCUGGAAGAGGACGUUCUGUCCCCCGCCAGCCGGCUCACGGACAGCGCUUGGCGAGGGGCCGAGGCGUACCACUUCUUCAUCCUGGCGCAGAGGCAGCUGUACGCGGGAUACGUGGACGCGGCCCUGAGAACAGCUCUUCUCCUACGAGACUAUGAAGAUAUUAUUCCUGCAGUGGAAAUCUACUCUCUGUUGGCACUCUGUGCAUGUGCCAGUAGAGCCUUCGGCACUUGUUCAAAAGCUUUUAUUAAACUGGAAUCCUUAGAGACCCUGAGUUCAGAACAGCAACAGCACUAUGAAGAUCUAGCUCUAGAAAUCUUCACCAAGCAUGCUCCAAAAGAUACGAGGAAAUCUGAAUUGGACGGCCUUCUUGAAGGUGGAGAGGGGAAGCUGCCUACGUGUGUGGCCACAGGAAGCCCCAUCACUGAGUACCAGUUUUGGAUGUGCAGCGUGUGCAAGCACUGCGUGCACGCCCAGGAGAUCGGCAGCUACACCUUCUGCCCGCUGUGCCACAGCGCGGUGGCAUAAGCAGAGGUGCUCCUGCAUAGUGGCAAAAUAGAUACAGUGUACAGAACUGUGUAUGUAACAAGGUUGAUUUCCAUUCGUUUUAUAUGACAAUCACCUUCAUUAUUUUAUAGUUGUAUUUUUGCACUAUAUGAAGAUAGUAGAUUAAUUUUUGCACAGAAACACAGCCAUGAAUUAAAGAGGCUGAUAUAAAAUUUAGGAAGUUAAUCUUAUUUUCUAUCUAGCUAUCUUUUGUAUAUAUUUUAUGGUUGGUUAUAUAACAAUGUGGAAAUAUUCCAAAUAAAUAU